AUUUUUGUCACUGCUUUGUCCGAUUAACGUGCACCUUGUGUAAGUUUUUCUCCUUAGAACCUUAGUAUUACCGUUUGUUUUCGUGUUACUCAUUCUCAACUUGGUCAACAUUUUUAUUUGGGGGAAAGUCUGCAAUCUGAACACAGAAAUGAAGCUAAUGUCUGCCAGCAAAUAAAACCACAGCAGUUGCAUUUUCCCAUAAAAAACGGGAUUUCUGUAAGAAUAAGUGUACACCUCAAAAGUUAACAAUGCACACACUGCUGUUUUAAAUGAAAUAGAGACAGUUUAUUCUGAUACUACAUUCUGGGAAAGAAUAGUCUGUAUGGUACUCCAAUAGUUUAUAAGUAACCCUAUUAUAUUAAUAGUUCCUGAAUUCCAUCACAGUAUGGGACAGAGUGACAUUUCCCCUAAUUAACGUUAUAUGUCUGAUGUGUGAGUACCAAAGUCUCAGAUGUGUUUUGGCCUAGUUAUGUUGCGUCCUUCUGACAAAUCUAGGACGAGGAAUAGACUUCGACAAGCAGCGGAGGCAUCUUUUCCCUUUAGAAACUGCAGCUUCAGCUGCGCCUGUACGCUCUCAGUUGGACAGCUAGUUUUAUAAUCCAGUCCAGAUUUUACGGGCAGCCGUAUCCAGCGCGGAAGCCAAGAUGCCUCACUCACAUCAGAGGAUGGUCUGCCUACCUCUGAAAUAACAGGCAGUGAUGGGGAAAACGGAGGAGUGGGCUCCUCAAAUCUGCCAUCUGAGAACCCGUGUGCCUUUCUUUGGACCACCGUUACCGUUAAGGAAGAGGAGGAAUACAUUUCUGCUUUUGUAAUUUUCUGUAAAAUAACGGACUCCUGUUUAAGGAAGAUUUCUUCAUUUCACUGACAACCAACCACCCUCCUCCGAACCGAGCUGAGAGUGGAAACGGCACAGCAAAGUCCAUGAAGGCAGAUGAUUUGGGGGGAGACAACCGUGAAGGUCAGGGGAGGAGAUGGUGAUCCAGGGGUUUGCCGCAGUCAGACCCCCCCUCCCUGUUGUACAUUCUGACCCGUCUCCCGUGCAUCUUCUGGGCUCUGGGAACUAAGUAAAGGCUCCUUUCCUUUCAAGGUCGGUCUGGUGGGCUUCACAUCAGCUCAGAUGCCGCCGUUUCUAACAUCUGAAGCCAGCACGACAAAUACUGCCCUUUUAGAAUAUAUUUUGCUAAGCACUGAUGAUAGCAUCGUGGACAUACUUUUCUUUCAAGAGUUCACCUGAGUUUUAUAAUCAGCAGUGAUUGGAACAGAACGGGGUAACUCCACAUCACACACAAUCGUUAACAUGUUAAUAGGGUUUACUCCUGGCUUCUGGUACUUUUUUACAGCAGUGUUCCGUUUUAUUCAUUAUAACAGAGUCUGGAAUAAUUGGACCCUGUUUGUUUGAAUCGCUAAUGGAUGCCAUAAGUUAUUUAAUAAUGUACACGAGGUUGCGUUUUGAUUUUGUCCAAUAUAUAAAAUUAGCUUACGAGAUCAAGUGUUUUUACUGUAAAAUAUUUUGCAUAAAAGUAUUUAUCUGAAUUUAGUGACACAGUAAAAUGCAGCAGCUUACCCUACAAAUAAGGAUGCCUAAUUACGAAGCGUUCUUGCCUUGCGGAACCCAGUGAAUGUACUGAUUUUUAAGAUGACAGUUUCAGGGAUAAUCUUUUUUGUUAUAUUGCUAAAACAUCAGUGUAGAUCCUUGUAUAUUUAAGGUCAACCUUCAUCUCCUCAGUUUGGAGAUUUUGACAGCUUUGUGACGGAUGUCUGAAUGGUCCCUAAAAACAAAUAUUGCUGAGUACACAGAAUGACUGCUUGAAGCGACCUGUAGUGACUGAUCCAUCUCACAACGCCCACUGGGGGAGUCUUUACUCCAGAGAGUUCACCCACUUGCCAUCUCAUUCCUUCCCAGACUGGGGCGCAUUAAGAUCCUGACUUUGAUGGCUUCCCUGAGGAGAGUGAAGGUGCUGUUGGUGCUAAAUUUGGUGGCUGUUGCUGGCUUCUUCCUCUUCUGGGCCAAGUGCAGGCCACUCACACCGAAAACUGGCGAAUUUCCCCAUGGAGUCCAUCCAAGGACAGAACCCUUCAACGUGUCGGUUAUUCAGAACUCCGGUCCGGUCCAUGAAGCAGUGCUGAAGAGAUUAUCCCUGCUGGAGGAUAUAGUUUACAGGCAGCUUAAUGGUCUGUCCAAGUCUCUGGGACUCAUUGAAGGCUAUGGAGGUCGAGGCAAAACUGGGCAACCUGCUACUCUGUCACCUGAUGAGGAAUUAAGAGCUAAAGCACCACAUGAAAAGUAUGGUUACAAUGCUUAUCUUAGUGAGAAGAUUUCCCUGGAUCGAUCCCUACCAGAUUAUCGUCCAAGCAAGUGCAAGGAAUAUAAGUACCCUAAGGACCUGCCCCAGAUUUCGCUUAUUUUUAUUUUUGUAAACGAGGCCCUUUCUGUGAUACUGCGCUCUGUACACAGUGCAGUAAAUCACACACCAGCUCACCUUCUGAAGGAAAUUAUCCUGGUUGAUGACAACAGCGAUGAAGAGGAGCUGAAGAAGCCCCUAGAAGAAUAUGUACACAGACGAUACCCUGGUCUAGUGAAAGUGGUCCGUAAUCAGAAACGGGAAGGAUUAAUUCGGGCAAGGAUUGAAGGCUGGAAAGUUACAACUGGACAAGUCACUGGAUUCUUUGAUGCCCAUGUAGAAUUUACACCUGGCUGGGCUGAACCAGUGCUUUCCAGAAUUAAAGAGGACAGGAAGCGGAUUAUUCUUCCAUCAAUUGACAAUAUUAAACAGGACACGUUUGAGGUGCAGCGGUAUGAGAAUUCUGCCCAUGGUUACAGCUGGGAGCUCUGGUGCAUGUAUAUCAGCCCACCUAAAGAAUGGUGGGAUGCAGGGGAUGCUUCAGCUCCAAUCAGGACUCCUGCAAUGAUUGGCUGUUCAUUUGUAGUGAACAGGAAAUUCUUUGGAGAGAUUGGUCUGCUGGACCCUGGAAUGGAUGUCUAUGGCGGGGAAAACAUAGAACUUGGAAUUAAGGUCUGGUUAUGCGGUGGAAGCAUGGAAGUCUUACCAUGCUCUAGAGUGGCUCACAUCGAGCGCAAGAAGAAACCUUACAACAACAACAUCGGCUUCUACACCAAGCGGAAUGCUCUACGCGUGGCGGAAGUGUGGAUGGAUGAUUACAAAUCUCAUGUGUAUAUUGCCUGGAAUUUGCCAAUUGAGAAUCCAGGAAUUGAUAUUGGUGAUGUGUCGGAAAGGAAGGCUUUGAGGAAAUGGUUGAAGUGCAAACCAUUCCAGUGGUACCUGGACAACGUUUAUCCAGAGAUGCGAAGAUAUAACAACACUGUUGCAUAUGGGGAGCUUUGGAACAACAAAGCAAAAGAUCUCUGCAUAGACCAGGGUCCUCAGGAAAACCACACAGCCAUUAUGUAUCCUUGUCAUGGCUGGGCUCCACAGCUUGUGAGGUAUACAAGAGAAGGGUUUAUUCAUGUAGGUGCCCUGGGAAGCAGCAGUUACUUGCCUGAUACCCGCUGCCUUGUGGACAACAAGAAAAGUCGGUUUCCACAGCUUCUCGACUGGGAAAAGGUGAAAAGUAUUCAUCACAAGACAUGGCAUUUCAUUCAGAAUGGAGAAAUUAUGAAUAUGGGAACAGGACGUUGUCUGGAAGUGGAAAACAAAGGAAACUUUGGUGCUGACUUAGUUCUGAGAUCUUGUACGGGACAAAAAUGGACAAUAAAAAACUUUCUUAAACAAAGCUGAUAAAUGCAAACAUAACAUACCAAGUAAGAACAAUUCAGGAUUCUUCCUUUCAUUGGCUUGGUAUGAUCAAACCUGGCAUUGUCGGAAUUCUCUGCAAAAAGGAGCAUGGCUAUGGGUUACAUAUGAUACACGGAAGACUUUUAAAGGGCAUUCAUUGGUCUCUGAGGUGUAUUAUGCAAUGUACUUUCAAGGGAAUGAGUCCAGCUUUGAUUAAACUGGUUCAUAAAUAGGAAAUGAACUUGAACUGCUGUGAUGGACUUAUAGGACAUAGAUAAAGAGAAAAUUUCUUCCUCAGUGAAAAAAAAACACUGGUUAUAAGCUAGUACAAUUAUAUGGCACUGCUUAACCUGUUAUUACAGUGGCAUGAAUCACAUUGUUUCAUAGCAGGUUAGCUGUUAAGGAAGGAAGAGAAAAAUUUAUUUUUGUAAAACAAAAAGGCACUCAGGAGACUUGGGCAAGUAAUGUGUUCAGUAAAAUGUUUAUCGGUAUUAUUUAAUGUUAGUUUUUUGGUGUUAUCUCUGCUUGGCAAUUCAGAUUUGUACUACACUUCCAUGAUGGCAAUACUAAUCAAUAUUUGACUCUGAUGAGCUUAGAGAAAUGGAAACUGGACCUAUUCUUACUUUAUACUUCCAACAGCAAUUUCAUUGAUUGAAUGAUCAUAUCUUGUACACCUGUUUUGUCAUGAGCAUCAGAACUGCAGAGCACAUGAUAUGUACAACAGCAGUCAGGCAAAAAUUAGCAAAACCUUGUCCUGGGGAAUGCAACAGUGAUGGGUUGAUAAAACUUGUGAAAACUGGCAAAUAUAUUUUCAUUUUUAUUUUCACUAGAAAUUGUCAGAUUUCUGAGAUGUUUGAUUUUUUUUCCACAAACGUAUGAACAGUCAAAUUGAAAUAUGAAUGUUAUUUGAAUGGACUGCUGUGCUCUAGUUUUCCUAUAUAUAUUUAAAAAUUGUUUGUAUAAUUAAUUUAACAUAAUUAAUACAUUUAAGAGGGAAAUAACA